AUGGCCAUUCUUCUCCUCUCCCUCCCUCCCCACCCAUCAAACCCAAAACCCAAAAUCUCAAACCCCACAACCCCAAAACUCACUUCAAAGCUUUGCAUCACCAACAACACACCCACCUCCAGAAGAGACUUAAUCCUCAAGACCACUUCCAUCUUCCUCAUUUCUUUGAUUCCUCAACAAUACCCAAUUGCCCAUUCUUCAACAGAAGCUUCACCUCCCCAAAAAUCAAUUCUUUCUGGCAUUGCCAACACCAAGAGUUGGUUCCAGUUUUAUGGUGAUGGGUUUUCCAUUAGAGUCCCUCCUCAAUUUGAGGACAUUAUGGAGCCUGAGGAUUACAAUGCUGGAUUGUCCCUUUAUGGAGAUAAGGCAAAGCCCAAGAUCUUUUCGGCACGUUUUGCAUCUUCUGAUGGAUCUGAGGUACUGAAUGUUGUUAUUAAGCCUUCCAACCAGUUCAAGAUCACUUUUCUGGAGGCCAAAGACAUAACCGAUUUAGGCUCCUUGAAGGAGGUGGCGAAAAUCUUUGUUCCAUUUGGAUCAACUUUAUACUCUGCCCGAACACUAAAAAUAAAGGAAGAAGAAGGUUUUAGGACUUAUUAUUUCUACGAGUUUGGUAGAGAAGGACAGCAUGCAGCACUAGUAGCUGCUGUUAGCAGCGGAAGGACAUAUAUUGCUGGAGCAACUGCUCCAGAGUCCAAGUGGGAUGAGGACGGCGUGAAGCUUCGCUCCGCUGCUGUAUCUAUGACUGUUUUAUAG